GCUCCAUCGCCGACUUUUAUUUAUUAUUUUAAAUUUUUGAUACUUUCUAAAUCACUUUAAAAAAAAUAAAACAUAAAAAAAAAAUACCUACAUGUGGAUUUAACUUCUCAGUCGUCUGUUUACCUGCACCGAGUUUCCCCCCCUCGUCUUGUUUAUGGCCUUGGAUUACUGGCAACAACGUCAACGUCAAUCUCUCGGUGGGCGGGACCUCUGAACGCGGCGGCCAAUCAGCGGGCUCCGCUUGAGACGCGCUUUAAAAGCGGAGGAGCGCCUCGGCCGAUGCCAGUAAUAAGGAAACUGAGGACGAGUUUAGGACUUACAGAGAGAAGAAGAGGAAUGAAAACAUCCGAGUAAAUCUCUGGACUCCGCUUUGAAUCCAUCUAAAGGUACAAACCGACGACUUGGUACAGUACAGUUCCCAUGUUUUGGAAGUUUUGCUGUUUUUCGUAGCAUUAAUAAAUACAGCGGGACUUUGCGCUGGAGACAUUUGGGACACAGCAGCAUCGUUUGCAGCGCAACUCUUGUAUUUGACUGUCGUUUUUUUUUUUUUUUUAAAGAAAAACAAACACACACAAUAUGUCCACAAUAAUGGAACAGCCUUUUUAUGACGACUCGUUUCUCUCUGCUUAUGGCCAUCCAGGCGCUGCCCUGCCAGACUACAAGCUGCUAAAGCAGAAUAUGAACUUGAACUUCUCCGAUUCAUAUCGGAACUCGAGCUUCAAGCCACAGCACCUGCGCGCAGACAGUGAUUUCUACCCGGCGGGCGCCGCGGACGUGGGCUCGCUGAAGCUCGCGUCGCCCGAGCUCGAGCGGCUCAUCAUCCAGAGCAGCAACGGGGUCAUCACUACGCCGACCCCCGCACAGUACCUCUACAACCGCGGCAUCACAGAGGACCAGGAGGUGUUCGCGGAAGGCUUCGUCAAAGCCCUGGACGAUCUGCACAAGAUGAACCAGAUGGCGCCUCCAAACGUCUCCAUCGGCACCGGCGGGAUCGCGUGUCCGGCUCCGGGCGCCGUGUUCGCGCACUCCAUGCAGACGGAGCCGCUGGAGUACACGACCCUGAGCAGCUGCACCACGAACCCCAGCCUGACCUCCACGGCCAGCUACCCGUCCACGACCAUCAGCUACCUACCGCACCACCAGUACCACCAGCACCCCCAGGCCGUGGCGCACGGGUCGCACCACUUCCAGCACUCUCUGGCCGGAGCCGGCGUCCACUCGCAGCGCUUCGGGGGCCUGAAGGAGGAGCCCCAGACGGUGCCCGACAUGCAGAGCAGCGACAACAGCUCCCCGCCGAUGUCCCCCAUCGACCUGGAGAACCAGGAGCGGAUCAAGGCGGAGCGCAAGCGGCUGAGGAACCGGCUGGCGGCCUCCAAGUGUCGGAGGCGCAAACUGGAGCGCAUCGCCCGGUUGGAGGACAAGGUGAAGGUGUUGAAAACGGACAACGCCGGACUGUCGAACACGGCCUCCCUGCUGCGGGAGCAGGUGGCCCAGCUCAAACAGAAAGUCAUGACUCAUGUGAGCAGUGGCUGCCAGCUCAUGUUAGCGCCGAAAGUGAAGUCUUACUGAAGAAACUAUGCACUUUUCAAUGAACACUGGACAAAGAACAAACAAAAAAAAAAACUGCACUGAAAAACAAUAAGACUUUAUACGCUGAGUGGAUGAGAACUGAAAUGUGUGUGGCUUUAAAGAAAAAGAAAGAAAAAAGCCAGACAAGAAAUCCUCCGAUCAGCCUACAAGAAACACUUAGGGGCAUUUUUGAACGCGUUUUUAAAAGUGUCGUCUUGGCUUUCCCUGUUUACAUCUUUUUGUUGUUGUUGGUCGCCCUUUGUGAUGCUUUUUAAGUGUAUAAAUUAUUUGUAUUUUUGUUUUGUUUUUUCCUUUUUCUUUUGUACCUGUAAAAUAAUAUUUAAGUAAAAGAAAACAAGUCAUUAAAACACCA